AUGGCAGAUGCAAACCAUGGUAUCUCAAAAGAAGGAGCAGUUGGCAAGAAUAUGGCUGGUGCUCUAGGUGGUCAUACACAAGGUACAAUAUCAAGUAAUUAUAAAGGAAUGCCGAGAAAUGCCAAUCCGCAUUAUCCUCACAAUCCUGCGAAUAGUCAACCAGUAGCUGAAUGGACUCAAAACAAAAUGCAAGAAUGUCGGAAGAAUGCAGCAAAAAAGAAAUGACAUAUCACUCUACAUUUACACAGCUAUUGUGUAAAGUUUUCAAAGUUUAUUUAUAGUCUUGAUUUUUAUUUUAUUUAAGUUUCUCGAUUAUAAUAAUUUAAAUCUGCAAUUUUACUCAGGUCAGGGCUGCCGGUAUGGAUGGGUGAGUAUAGGAAUGAGUUGUGAGAAAAUUUCUUUCUUCAUUAGACACACAAGCCCUACUCCUGUUGUACGCAGAAGAGAACAAGUCAAGAGAUGAGUUGAAUAUUUAGAAAGCUUGAGAUGGAGGUAUUCGUAUUUGUAGUUAAUUAGGAAAGAUAUAUUAGAGUCAAAUCACAGCUUAUCAUUAAACUAAGAAAUUUAAAUUAUAGGGUUCUGUUAUCAUGUCUAGACCGGGUAUUUGUAUCUUUGGAUAUUUAAAGCAUAUUCAACGUACUCACAAAUCAAAAUUUUGACGGAUUUUUUGGUUUACUCAUCGUAGUUAAGUCGAGCUCGUCGAGUUAUACAAGAAAGAGCAUGCUUUCAAUUCGAAAAGAAAUAAGGGUGCGGGUGGGGUGGGUGCCAAUAUAGAUCAGUCAGACCCAUACCCACACCCUAAUAUGUUUCACAAUUAUUGCCCAGACAGACAUUUCCUCAGCUAAAGAUCCUUAUUUUAUUGUUUGGUUAUUGCUCUUUGACUCAAAUUCUAUUACGAUUAAAAAAUGAAACCUAUCAAAACUCACUUAAUUCUAAUACCGAGAUAUCUCUCUAUUUUUCUCCAUCAACAGACGCUAGACUAUAAAGAUUUAACAUCGAGAAGACUAUAUUAUUCGAAGUAUCUUUUUGGCUCUGCUAAUGUGAUAAGAAGAAGCAAAAACAUCUGGUUUUGAGAAAUGUUGCUGUGAAAGGAUUUCACUUUUAUUCUGUGCCCAAGCAGUCAUGUGAUGGGUAUUUCCAGGUGUCGAUCUGAACCAUCCUAUAGGUUGAUGAAAUUAAGAAUUGUUCACCCAUCGCUGUUCCCUUGACCUAUCGGAAAAUGGCACUUCGACGUGUCGAGAUAAUACUUCAAUACCCAUCGAUGGAUCUUUUUCGAUGGGCCCAAUUCUCAGGAAUCGCGAGGAGUCGAUAUUCCGAACAGUCGAACGUUUUUCUAAAAUUUCAAAAAAACUUUGCUCUUUGCAUCUGAUUUUUUUCCAGCACUCGAUACCUAUCGGAUUUUUUGCCGAAGUGACGAUUCGAACACGCGUAAUUACGGAUACGAAGCUUGCAUAGAUCAGAUGAACUAAAUAUAACGUUUUAAUUUUAGAUGAAUCCAAGUGUCGUCAUGAAAUAUGUUUAACUUUUAUACUUUGUAUGUGGUUUUUUUGAAAAAGCAACUCGUGAUAUAUAUAUAUAUAUAUAACUAUUGUUGAUAUUAAAUAAAAGCGAUUUUAUCUGUUAUCAGUUCCAUUGUAUUAAAUAAAAAAUUUAUGCUAAAGCAUAAAUUACAUUACAAUUAAUUAGGUUAUGUAAAAAAAAGCAACAAAAAAAAAUAUUGACACUAAAUUUAGGCAAAGUUAACUUAUCUAUCCCUAUUAAGUUUAUAAUAUUCAACUAUCUCAGUAACUUCGAGGACUAAAAAGUAAACCGAUAGUUUUAAAUGAUCCUAUGAACUUUCUUUGUCAACGAGUAAUUGAAAAUCAGAAUUAGUCAAGAGCUUAGAAGCUUUGAGGUGUUAUGAAAGUAUAUUCAUUAUGAUUAUUUUUUUUUCUCGAGACUGCAAAGAUAUUUCUAUCUUUGUCCUAGUUGUAAAUGAUAAAUAAUAUUGUUUCAAUGAUCAAACUACGUGAAAGCACCUGUCGCAAACCAAAAUUCUCCAGAUGGAUCAUGUAAUAAGAGUAAAAAAAAUCAUUCAAAAACUGAAUUUCUGAGUCGUC